UGUACCGGCCCAUCGUCCCAUCUCAUUCCGAUCUGACCGUCUCGCCCUCGCCCUCGCCCUCGCCCUCGCCCUCGCCCCCGCAGGCCCGCACCCAGCAGUAGCAGUCCAUUUCCACGGUUCUUCUUCGCGAACCGCCACCGCCACGCCACCUCACCCACCAGCUCGCCGGAGAUCACGAGAGGGGCCAGGACCCGCCCGCAAUCCUCGACGCCGCCCGCCCGCCCGCCAUGGGGGACGCCGCCUCCGGCCGCGGCCACGUCGUCUACCCUCCCCGCUCCGCCGAGGACAUCUUCAAGGACUACCGCGCCCGCCGCUCCGCCAUCCUCCGCGCCCUCACUCACGAGGUCGAGGUCUUCUACGCGCAGUGCGAUCCAGACAAGGAGAACCUGUGCCUGUACGGCUACGCGAACGAGGCGUGGGAGGUGGCGCUGCCGGCGGAGGAGGUGCCCACGGAGCUGCCGGAGCCUGCGCUCGGGAUCAACUUCGCGCGCGACGGGAUGAACCGCCGCGACUGGCUUGCGCUCGUCGCCGUCCACUCCGACUCCUGGCUCCUCUCCGUCGCCUUUUACUAUGCCGCUCGCCUCAAUCGUAAUGACCGGAAGCGCUUAUUUGGCAUGAUUAAUGAAUUGCAAACUGUUUUUGAAGUUGUCUCCGGUGCAAGACAACAGCAAUCUAAAGAGAGGUCCAGUAUGGACAAUGGUGGUAGAUCCAAGCCUGUAAAGAUAGAAAAUAAUGGAAAAGCCACAGACGAAGCAUAUGGAGAAGAUGACAGUGAUCACGGUGAAACCCUAUGCGGAACCUGUGGUGGGAUAUACAGUGCGGAUGAGUUCUGGAUUGGGUGCGACAUGUGCGAGAGGUGGUACCAUGGCAAGUGUGUCAAGAUAACUCCCGCCAAGGCGGAUAGCAUAAAGCAUUACAAAUGCCCGAGCUGCAGCUCCAAGAGGGCGAGGCAGUAGCAAAACUCAUGAACGCAGGAAGCCUCUGAAUGCCGGAUGUAUGGUGCAGUGGCGCAUUGCAAAGUUUCCAGGCAGGAGAAGGCCAAGAGGCUCCAUUUACAAGAUUAGAACUAUAUUGCUAUCUUCCCUGUGCCUUAUUCUUACUUUACCUAUGAUAAGCUAAUGUGAGGUAAGAUAAGACAUUUGAUAACCAGAGGCACUUGAGUUGAGUACCCCUAUGAUAAGCUAAUGUGGGGUAAAAGAAGAGGAAAUCGUGCUUUAUUGAAUAUGGAGUUGUUUUUUCUUACAGUAACAUGUACCCCUUUUGAUAAUGCAUGGCUUUACAGAACAUCUCGAACUAUAUAGGAACAGAAGGUUAAGUUUUGUCAAAACUGUUUUGUCUAUCGGUCGGUCAGUGGCAUAUUGAUUGCUACGCAAAAUACAUAUGUACCAAAGGAGAAGCACAAGUAGAAUAAAUGGACCAUACAUGAAAAGGAAAAUGUUUAUAUUUA